UUUGCCUUUUCCUUGCGCAAACGAGUGUCCCAACCUCUCCCGACGCGGGCCCCGCGUGUCAUAGGCUCGACAGCUUCCCGAACGCGGAUCCCCUCCCCUGCAAGGCAGCGGAACCGAGCUGCCGCCGGCGCCAUGGCGGGCGGCGGCCUCGCGGCGGCGCUGGAGCUCGCCGUCGUCUUCCUCGUCCGUCCCCUCCUCGCCGUGAUCUUCGUCUUCACCCUCAUCCUCCUCAGCUGGUACGUGGCGUGGAGGACGGUGCUGGUGCACGUGCCGCUGGUGCAGGAGAUCGCCGGGCUGCGCCCGAAGAAGGCCGCUAAACCCAAGCCGGCCAACCGCGGCCGCUUCGCCAGGUUCUACCAGUCCCGGGCUGAGGCCGCCCAAACAGUGGCGGAGCUAGAAACCAAACAUAGGGGGGGCUAUUUUGCAUAAUAAAAUAGAUCAACAUGUUCACAAGUGCCUAACUGAUGGUUGUUCUUCAUCUUGUAUUUGUUCCAUUUCAAUUAAGAGGCUGGGAACUGGAGGUUCCUCUUGGUCCACAAUCGGAUCAUCUCUUUUCCUUUUGAAAAAAUCAUAAAUGGGUUUUUCUUUGACCAUCUGUACCUAAAAAAAUUAAAAGCAGUUCCCCUGUACUUGAGGUUCGAAAGGAAGAAUAAUCAAGAAGAGAUAAAGAAUGUGCCUAGUUACCUUAAUCUGACUUCCUGAGCCCCUGACCAAGAAGGAACAAGACCUGCUCGUGCUCAGUUCCCCUGGUUGUGCAGCUGCAGCUCUAGGAAAUUAGGGAUUCGACAAAUGGAUUGGGGAUUAGGGUAUUGGAAUGGGGAUUGGCGAUUGCAGCCGUUGGAGUCUGGAGAUUGCGUUUCGCGAAGCUAGCAGCAGGUGACGAAGGCCGAUGAGCGGCGGCAGGCGGUAGAGCUAGAAGCCAGGGGGCGGCGGAGGAGGGGGAGGCGACUCCCGACGAGAUACGCAGCACCGUGGCGCUGGCCGGCUGUAUCGCAGCAAAUGCGGCUACCGCGAUGUGAUUUAGUCUGGGCCAAAUCGCAGCAUAUCCUUGGGAUUUAGUCUGGGCCAAGGGGGGGCCACGGCCCACGUUGGCCAAUACACAGCUCCGCCAGUGCGCCCAAAGGUGAAAGCUUUUAACCCCCUGCACUACUCACACUAGUUACUUAGUCUCCUCCUUUUGUUCAUCCGGAUAUAUAGCUGUUCAUUCCUGUGCAAUGUAAAUCGACAGACCAUCUGUUGUUCUCCAGUGUUGUUGAGAUCUGGUGGCACCGCUGAAGCAGUUGUAUGCUGUAGGUUAAAUUGUACUAGAUGGCAAAGUUGCUUAAGCUAUGUAUUUCAUCGUCUGUCACUUGUCUCAACUUAAUGUGCAGUAUGGUACAAUGGCUAAAGGUUUCGUGCACUUUUCUGAUAGAACUGACCAUAAGGCAUUGUUGCCUGUGUUUACCAGUUGGAUGUCUAUUGCAAAUUCCUUUGUAUAUACUAUUGGUGUUCAAGUAAAACUCUUUGUUGCAAUAAAGAAAAAACUAGACAAUUCAAACUUCUGUCCAUACAAAUUGAUAUAUUGGCACCUGAGGGCUCCUUCAUCAUUUUGUAUUCCGUGCUUGGAGUCAGGACAGUAGUUUCAACAACUCCCCGGAGUUCAAAGCUCUAAAUGGUCCACCACGAGAGGCUUGGGUACUUGUUACUUAGGAAAACAUAAGUUUCUUUAACACCUUGUCCUCUGAAUAUCUCCAGUCCUAUUUUCUCAAAACCUUUAUUUUGUUCUGAUUCUGAAUUACUUAGGCAUGGUUGGGAACACUGGAUAGAGAUGGAACAAAAACGAAGCCAAUAAUUAUGUGGUUUAUAUAUAGUAACAAACGAGUUGUGAUUGAAAUCGUCUACGUCUCUACGAAGCCUUUCUCAUUUGAAUCACUAGUAAUUGUGCACUCUAGAUUGUACUUCAUGGGCAUGUUAUUCUGUAAGUCAUAUACGGAUCAAGUGGCUUCAAAGAUAACGUGGCUAUCUGUAAAUUCCUAUAAUGUAGUAUUUGAUUUAUCCUGUUAUCUCUUAGUUUUCAUAUUUUACCUUGACCUGCAAUGCCAUUACUACAAGAAAGUACCUGUCUCCUUUUUGUUUAUCACACUAUUUCACUUGCACCUUAAUACCAUUUCUUCUUUCAGUGAUCGGCAGUUACAUAGAACCUAAGAAUGACAGUAGAUGUUACCAAAUCCAUUACUGCUAAGUUACUGAUAGAUGUUUGUUGCUUGUCUGCUGUGGCAACAUUUGGUACCAGUGUCAUGCACCAGUAGUUGAGAGCCUCAACUUGGCCAGGAAUGGUUUCAUGCUUUUGUGAACUUCUUGGUUAUUCACUCAUUCUGAUGAUUGCACUCGUUUUUCUUAUUCCAUCCUAUAGCUUUACAAUGUAUCAUGCUUGCAAGGAAAUUUUAUCUGGAAUUCCGUCAAGAUAGAUAACAGUAACUGUAAUGUAUUUUGGGUGGUCAGAAAACCCUGUUAUUUAGAUUGCUGCUUUCACUUUGAGAUAUACCCCAAUGUUUCAACCAUAACACACUUACCCACAAAAAUUGCAUUAUGAUUGCAAAUACAAGUUAUAUUAGCUUCAGGCGCAUAGAUUGUUUAAAAACGAAAAUGACAGUACUCUUUCAUCUGCACCCACAUGUCACUAACCUGCUGUUAUCGGUUCACAGGCACAGCAAAUCAGAAGGGACAUCUUAAGGGAAAACCUUUAGCACUUGCAAUAAGUACCUGUUUCAGACUGUAGUAUACGAAUUCCCUAGAUCCAUUUAUGAUGCAAUACUGCAAAUGAUGGAGGAAUUUUAGGAGAGAAUGGAUAUCAGCAUCCGAUGGAAGCUUCCUCCUGCUUGGCAACUGUCUAUACAUCAAGCUUCCACUGCAAAAAUAACACCACUGCAUCAGCUGUAUUUUGCAUGACCUUGUAAAGUUGAGGACGUUGUACUUGUACAUAGACCUGUACAAAAGUAAAGAGAACUGCUUGUCCUUUGGAACAUCAA